AUGGACGACGAUUAUGUUGCACAGAUCCUGGCCAAGGAGGCUAAGGAGAGCUCUAUUAAAUAUGCAUCUCAAGGAAUGAGUGCUUUUAUGCCUUUGAGGCCGACAAGCAAUGCGCCAAAACCCAAUACCCGCUUCCUACGAAAUCUUAUCAAAACCGUUCUUCCAAACGAUCUGAUUAUCGGAGUGAAGUACGAGGAUCAAGAGAUAAUCGGAGGGGAGAGCGGGAAGAUCGUAUUCGUUCCUAUCGCAAAAGAACUCGAAGUCGCUCCCCUUCAGCGGAACAAGACCGGUCGCGGAGGCGUCGACAAAGAAACGAAGAUUACGGCGGGACUGGAGAGAGAGGCAAAGAUCGCGAUGAACAUCGGCGCGAACAAAGGGACCACGAGUCAUCUAGGAGGGAUCGACGGGAUACAAAUAAGGAACACACCAGGCGGCGGCGUGAGCGAUCAUACUCGAGGUCUCCAAGCCGUUCUCCCCACAAAGACCGAAGUACCGACCGCCAUCACCAUCGAAGACAAAAACAUCAAUCUAGGCCUUAUACUCGCUCCCUCUCCCGUUCCCGCUCACCAGAUUCGUACAAAUCUCGGCGGUCAAAGCGGGAAGAUGUGUCGCCAUAUGUCUCCCGCAGUUCUCGCAUUGAAACCACACGACAUAAACGAGGAAGACCUUGUCGGGCCACUUCCUCCUCGACAAAACGAGGCACCUAUCCGCUCGCGUGGGCGAGGUGCCUAUAAACACAAUGUGAGCAACAUCGAUGCUCACUUUGCCCCUGGCUACGACCCGGCUACCGAUGUGCAUCUAGAUGAAGACAAACUACACAGUGUGGGCCAGGAAUCCUCCCGUCGUCCUGUCGCUGGGCUCAUGACAAAAGAAGAUGACUGGGACAUGGCAAUGGAGGCGCUGCGCGAUCGUGAACGCUGGAGAAACAAGGGCGAGGAGAGGCUACGUACAGCUGGAAUCGACGAGGCAACCAUUGAUAAAUGGAAGAAAAACACCGCUUUCGCGGGCGUGGACGGAAAAGGCAAACCUGAGGAUGUACAGUGGUCGAAGAAAGGCGAAGGGCGGGAAUGGGAUCGCGGCAAGUUCGUGGAUGACGAUGGCCAUAUUGACGUUCGGGCUGCUUGGUAG